UGGUGGCUGAGUUCCUCAGUGUUUUCGAAAAACACGAUUCAAGAUCAUACAGAUCGCACGAUGGAAUAUUUAAGCUUUAAUUCGUCGAACAAAUCACUUACUUUGAAAAAACGAGAUAUUCCUAAACCAGCACCAAAUGAAGUCCGAAUUAAAGUCGCGUAUUCUGGAAUUUGUGGAACAGAUCUUCAUAUUUUGGAAGGAAGUUUUCCUUGUAAAGAGAACGGACCUCUGACUCUUGGACAUGAGUUUGUAGGUACUAUCGAUGAACUCGGAUCGGAAGUGACCAUGUUUAAAAUUGGUCAGCGUGUUGCUGCCGAUCCUAACAGUGGAUGUAAUAAAUGCGAUCACUGUCACAAUGCGAAUUAUCAUUUUUGUUUCGAGGGUGGUUUAAAUAAUACCAUAGGUAUUUUCAGAGAUGGUGGAUGGGCUACGCAUGUGCUUGUUCCAGAAACACAGGUAUACUUAAUUCCGGAUGAAGUUGAAAUGCACCAAGCAGCACUAAGUGAGCCACUGUCAUGCUUGGCUCACGGUUGGGACAGAAUCAAUCCUGUAAAUAUAGGAAACAGGAUUCUUGUAAUAGGCGCCGGGAUCAUAGGUUUAUUGUGGGCUUGUCUGUUUCAUUUGCAUGGUAUUAGAAAGACUGUCACUAUCAGUGAACCGCAACAAAAACGGAGAACUCUGACCUCCAACCUUGGUCUUGAUUAUAAAAUUAAAAGUCCGACGGAAUUAAAAGAGCAGUUUGAUUUAGCUGUGGAUUGCAGCGGCAAUGCUCCAGCCAUGGAAUUGGCUGUAUCUUUAUUAGGUCAAGGUGGUCGCUUAUGCGUAUUCGGUGUCGCUAAUCCAAAAGCAAAACUAUCGAUUGAACCAUUUCAGGUUUACAAAAAGGAAUUAAGCAUCAUAGGCGUGAAUAUAAAUCCCUAUACUUUUUCUAAAGGAUUAGCUCUGGUGCAAUCAAUGUCCGAAAAAUAUCUUGAUUACAAUAAAUUAGGAAUCAGUGUAUUUUCAUUGUCUCAAUACAAAGAAGCUCUCGAUGCAUUGAAGAAAGGAGAAAUCAGCAAGGCCGUUUUCAAGUUAUAAAAUUUUUACAUAUAACAAGAAAAGACUUUUUUUAUAAAAUUUUAUUGCUUAUUCCAUAAAUUUGGCUGAAUAUGUAAAUGCAUGAAGUUUUAAGUAAUAAAAUGCGAUAUGGUGAUACAAACGAA